AUGAGUAAUGCCAAUAAUUCUGGGAAAAACAACUAGAGGAAGAAUUCUAAAUCUCCAAUUAAGAACGGCAAAACCCCUACAAGCAGAGAAAGGGUUAGCAAAAUGAGAGAGAUUAAAGGAGAAAUAAGUGAUCUUAUGAGUAAAAUUGAAAAUGCCUCAAAGCAAAUAUAUGAAUCAUUCAUUCAUAAAAAGCAUGAAUCUCUGCUGAGUAGUUAAAACCAAUAGCAGAGAUAAUCUUCUCUAAACAACACUAAUUAGAAGUCUCAAGAAUAGCCAACUUCCUAGAAGUAGCAAUAACAGCAUUAAAACCAAAAUAGUGUCAAUAAAAAUCCAAGCUUUCAAAAUACCUUCAAUAAUUAACAGCUUGCUAGCUAACUUAACUCAGAUCAGUAAUCAACUUUACAGUACAAUUAGCAGUAAUAAUUUUACUAAGUAUAAUAAAUGCUUCUAAAUAGAAACAAAGAGAACCAGCAUAAUAUAGGUUAAAAUUACAGUCCUGGCAAACCCAGUCCCUAUGAUUAUAUUGAUACUUUGAGAAACAGCUAAGGAAAUACCAAUACCAUUUAAACAAAUGAUAAAAAUACUCUGUAGCAAAGAGAGUCAUUUUAUAACUAGCAUAAUCUUCAAAAUAACUACAGCUUUAACAAGAAUUUCAUGCUAAAUUAGCAAUCUGCUGAGACUCUAAGCGGUGGUGCCAUUGACCCUAAUCAACUCUCAAUCACCAAAAAUAACUAUACGAAUCAUCACAAUAUGUCAAAUCAAACAAACUAUGAGAAGUUGCUUUCAGAUUAUUUGAGUCUAAAACGUACAUCAGAAGAUUAAUAACUCAUAAUGAGAGAUUUGUCAAUCUAAGCUUAAAGCAAGCAAGACGAAAUUUAAAACUUAAUAUAUGAAAGGUAAGAGAUGAGGCUUAAGUACGAACUAGAUAUAGACUACCUUACACUCUAGAACAAACACCUUCAACAGAGAGUGAUGCAUUUUUAAGAACAGUCUUAGUUUUCAGAUAUACUUUUGGUUUAUAAUGAACAGAUGUUGCAGCUAGAAAACUAAAAUAAAAGUUUUCUUGUUGAAUUGAGGAAAUUAGCUAAAGUCUAGGCUAAUGAGAUUAAAUCCUCAACGACCUAAAUUGAAAGCUAAAAGCUGGAGUUUAUGGAAAAGAACAUAAGAACUCUUAAGUAGACUAUUAAGAAAUUGACCUCAGAAAUAGGUAAACAGUAAACUCAGCUUGAAGAAUAUAGAAAGAAAGAUAGAAUGUUUAAUCUGUAGAAAAGAUGUGUAGAUGAUUCAAUCAAGAAAGCGAAUCUCUAUUUUAGAAAGUUUAACCAGGUCUAGGAAUCUGCCUAGACUCUCAGUAGGACUAAGAAUGAUCUUAGUUAAGAUGUCAAGUAUCUCUAGGAUUAAAAUAAACAACUUGAGUUUCAUGUUCUAGAUUUGGCACAUUAAGUAGAUAUGCUUUAAGAAGAGAACUAGCUACUCAAAGAUUUCACAUAUAAUGUUGAUUAAUCAGCGAAGCUUUUGCAUCAAUAGAAAUUUAUGAAUGAAAAUAAAACAUAGGAACUAAGUCUUAUUGAGAAAAUCAAUUCAUAUGCUUAGAGAAGUUCUGUAAUUAUCCCGAACAGAUUAUUAUUAUGA